CAUCGGUCAUUGCUUCUACCCGUAACCCAAUCUUUUCUCACACACAAAACAUAACGCGAGAAAAAGAAAAAAAAAAUAUAGAGCGAUUGAUUUUUCUUCUUCUUCUUCCUCCUCUGGGUCUCUCUGGUGGUGACGGAUUCACGGAUUCAUAAGGAAUUAAAUUAUCUUGUUAAAUUAAUCGAAUCGAAGCGUAAGGAAUUGGGGAAGAGGGGUUUCUGCGUGAAUUCUGUGGCUAAUCAACUCGAAAGAAGGGUUUUGAGAUUUGGGUUGUUUUGAUUGGAUUCUGGUUAUGGGUUUAGGCAACAAGGUUAACAAAUUCAAUUUCGGUGAAAAUGAUCUCGCCGACGAGGGUAGUGGCGCCGAUGGCGAUUCUCGCGACGAGGGAGAUGGGUUUGGCUCGGUUGCGUGCUCGAUUUGCCUCGAGACGGUGGCUAAAGAUGGCGAUCGAGCGUGGGCUAACCUUCAAUGCGGCCACCAGUUCCAUCUCGAUUGUAUUGGUUCAGCUUUCAAUGCAAAGGGAGUGAUGCAAUGCCCUAACUGCCGGAAAGUAGAAAAAGGCCAGUGGCUUUACGCAAACGGUUGCCGUUCAUACCCUGAGUUCAAUGUAGAGGAUUGGGUUCAUGAGGAAGAUAUCUAUGAUAUCGGAGGAUACUCUGAAAUGUCUUUUGGAGUUCACUGGUGCCCAUUUGGAAGCUCAGCGCGUCUUCCUUCUUUCGAGGAUGGAGAAUUUUCACCGAGUUCAUAUCACGAUCUCUUGGGCCAGCAAGGUUACUUUACAGAGCCAGCGGCGCCGACAGCGGGUCACCCAUGUCCAUAUGUAACCUACUUUGGCCCGGUUCAUUCGUCUUCCUCAAGCACAGGCGGUGCUGCAGGCGUUUCAGACAGUUCAAGUUUCAGCAGUCACUGGAACACGGGCUCAUCGGUUUCCGGUGAAGUCCCAACUCCUUUUGGUUUCCCUGUUGAUCCGCACUAUCACGGCUGGGAUUAUCACUCGCCUCCACCCCCACCGCCACAGCACUUCUCUGCUUCUGGCGCUCACGUUGGCAGUCCAACUCAGCCCACACCUCCAACUGCUGCUGCGAGGAUUUCCCGAACCAACGGCUCAGAUGUGAUCAGACCCAGACCGCCGCAUUUCAUGCGUCCAUUUCAUGGUCACAGUUCCAGUGGAAGAGCGGGGAGCUCGGUGGCGUCUGUGACGAGGACACCGCCAUUUCCGGGAAGCAACGCUCGGACGCUGGACAGAAUGCAAGCUCUUCAAGCCUAUUACCAUCAGUCUUCUGCACAGUCACACCAACCCGAUUCGCCUAUAGUCUCUCGUGGGCCUGUUUUCCCUUCUGGCCGGAGGCCCGGUAGAGGAUUAGCUUCCGGGAUGGGAUCAUCUUCUUCUUCUUCGGAUCAGGCUGGCGGGAGCGGGUUUAUCCGGUUUAACAUAUGGGAGAGGGAUCCUUAUAUGCAAUCGCAACAAGCCUACCCGGUUAACCAGAUGGACAGAGAACCAUCCAUUUGGGCAUCUUCACUCAAUGAAGGAUCUGGAAGCUUCCAUCACAGGCAUGGCGGCGGAGGAUCAUCGUAAGAGUUGAGUCAGUAGCCGGCGAGAUUCUCCCCGGUCAGGCAAUUCUCAUGAACGCUGGACCAAAACAAAACAAAAACAAAAGAAGAAAAUACAUUGGGAAUUUGAUAUUUGAGAAAACCUGAAAACUGCAUGCUCAAGUUAUGUGAUGAGUUGAUAAUCUUAAAACACAAAAUGAAUGGUAUGUAAUGGUUUGGAGAGAGACUGCUUCCCCUGUUGAUGGUGACCGUGCGGUUCGAGCCGGUUUGGGUCUGGUUUGGAUCCGGGAAGCAAAAGGUCGUUGGAUAUUUGUUUUUUUUUUAUAUGUGGCUACAAUGGGUAUCGAAGGGAAAAUACCCUUAUGGAACUUUUUUUUCUUUCUGGAUAUGUUUAAUUGUUAAAUUUUAAGUACUGACUUCUUUCUCUUCGGCCUAUCACAAUUUUCUACUGGUGUUUGUUUUCUAUGCAAAAUAAAAUUAAG